UAAAAUAAAAUAAGAAAAAACGCCUGGUUCCCGUAAUAAAUAUAUCGCUUUGUUCUGUACUGUACUACCUAGUACAAUUGUCGUUUCGUUCUGCGAUGGCGAGUUCGAGUUCGAGUUCGAAUUCCACGGAUGUCUGCGCCGGUUGCGAGUUGAAUUUCUAUGACACAGUACUCCAUUCUAAAGACUACAUUAAAGAGGAAUUGCUGCGCCACGGCAUUUGGCGAGAUCGAACCAAUUGCGGUCGGUGUGGCAACUCCUUAGUUGCAGGAGAAAGUGGCAGGUUUCGAUGCGGUAAACUAAUCCGACGAGGAAGGCAACGUGCAGCAAGCUGUAAUUGGUCCAAGUCCAUUUGGUCUGGAACAUUUUUUGAACAUGCCAGUCUUCCGCUCGUUACCGUGUGGAGAUUCAUACACACCCUGUUGAUCUUUCCGCCUCCGAGGCAGACUCUUCUCCAACAACAACUUGGCCUUUCCCCUAACACUGUCGUGGAUUGGCUCUCUUUCUAUAGAGAGGUACUUAUCCACGAUGCGGCGUCUAUGUCGGAGAAACUUGGAGGAAAAGACAGGGUCGUGGAGAUUAGCGAGGCCAAAUUUGGAAAGCCGAAAGUAAACACUAGAAGAAUAAUCACGGGUGAAUGGAUCUUUGUGGGCAUUGAGAGGGAGUCUCGACGUACCUUUUUUGUUCCUGUAGAGUCGGGCGACGGCGAGACCUUGCUCACGGUAUUGAAGGAGUGGGUGCUUCCCGGGACGACGGUUGUAAGUGAUUGCUGGAAGACAUACGAUUGUCUUCAAAAUGAAGACUUUCGUCAGCUGACAGUAAAUCACUCUUAUAACUUUGUCAAUUCCCAGACGAGUUUCCUUAGGAACAAUGUUCAGAGAAAGAGGCGAAAGUUCUGCUCGAACGGUCAACGAAAAGUGCAUAUUGUCGAACAUUUGGCCGAACAUCUUUUCAAAAUGAAAUAUCCGAAAACGACCCGGCGACUUCACUACUUUCUGCUUGCUGUUGCGAGGUUUUAUCAGCCUGAUUACUAGCUCCGUAGAAGUUUGCUUGCAACUGUUUUCGAACUGUCCUUCUUGGGUCUAUCCUUUUGAAAAUGAAUCUUUUAAUGGAAUAGUUAAUUGUGCUACAUCUUAGAAGAAGAGUUUAAGUCAAGGAAACAUGAAAUUGUUAAGAUAGACACAUGAAGAAUGGACAGUAAACUGCAUAUGAUGAAAAUAGGAAGCUGUCUUGGAAGCAAGAGAAAAGUUUCAGGAAAAAUCAAGUGGAAUGGAAUGAUUAAACUAUAUUAUUUUCUGAGUCUACAUAGUAAAAGGAAGUACCUGUGCAAUUUUCCAAAUAGAUACUUGGACUUGCAUCA